GGUGAGCGAGAUGCUGGCAAAGGCCUGGAGAUGCGGAAGCUGGUGCUCUCCGGUUUCCUGGCCAGUGAGGAGAUCUACAUCAACCAGCUGGAGGCCCUCUUGUUGCCCAUGAAGCCAUUGAAGGCCACAGCCACCACGUCGCAGCCUGUCCUCACCCUCCAGCAGAUAGAGACGAUUUUCUACAAGAUCCAGGAUAUCUAUGAGAUCCACAAGGAAUUCUAUGACAACCUGUGCCCAAAAGUGCAGCAGUGGGACAGCAACGUUACCAUGGGCCACCUCUUCCAGAAGCUGGCCAGCCAGCUGGGGGUCUACAAAGCCUUUGUGGAUAACUACAAAAUCGCACUGGAGACGGCAGAGAAGUGCAGCCAGAGCAACUACCAGUUCCAGAAGAUCUCAGAGGAGCUGAAGGUGAAGGGCCCCAAGGACUCGAAGGAGAGCCACACAUCGGUCACGAUGGAGG